CUGGUAGUGACACCGGUGACAACGCAUCAAACUAAACUGACUAGAUAAGGUUUGUCGACGACUGAUUACUAGUAUUUGUUAUUAUCAUUCUAUAGUGAUAUUAAGUUAUCAGUCAAUAAAUAGCAGAGAUUAUAAAAGUAGAUUGUGAUAUACUACAAUUUCCUAAGUACACAAAGUGAUCAAACAUUAUUAACUCGUAUCGGAAAGUAAGGACACAUGACAAAGAGACAAAAGAUGGAGCAAUAAAGCUCCUCAAGACAAGACAAGGGCAAGGAUAGGCGCAUUGGUGUAUAGUAUCUUCAAGUUUCAUAUAAUCUAUGGUUAUUUUAUCUGCUGAGUCGACUGCUUGAGACCUCUGCUUGACAACUACAUAAUACAUACAUACUUUAUCUAAUUCGAUAUCUUUCGUAAAGUAUAUGCUGUCAUAAUUUUACUGGGUGUUCAUAUCACAGGGUCACCUCCAAAUAUGGUAGUUGUUAAAUUACAUAUUUAAAUUGUCAACAAACGAUUAACUUUAUCAUCUGAAAAUUAUAUCACCUGUUUUGAUUGACAAUGGCAUGGCUUGGAUCCAUUGCAUCUACUGUGUUCCGAAAUAUUGUUUUUACAGAAAUACCUGCAAGUCAAGUACAAGAAGUUAGAACAAAUGAGUAUCAUAAGCGUCAUAUCUACUGUCGUGAAGAUGGCAUGGUAUUAUAUACUCCUGGUAAUUUAGAAAAUCAAAAAUAUGAAAUAGUACUCCACAGACCAUGUACUGAAACUUUACUUUAUGGCUAUAGUUUAUAUCGUUCCGAAAAUCUUGAAGAAGUGCAAUCUCGGUUUCUUAUUUACAAGGAUAAAAUUCCAACUUUGGUAGAUAUUUGUAGAGAGGUAAUGCAAGUUAGCAAACUACAGAAAUUAUGUGAUGUCUUAUAUGAGCACCCCACAUGGAAUUUAGCACAUAUUUCAGCUCACUUGUUAUUAUAUGAUGCUUUCAAUCAUGAUGUAGUCAACAGUUUGUUAAAUAGCAGUGAUUCAGACACAGGAGCUUCUCCUCUUCAAGUUGCUAUCCAAACAAGCAAUUUGAAAAUUGUACAAAUGUUAAUUUCAGCAAAAAGUUCAUUAGAACAUUUAGAUUACAAGGCUAAUACUGUGUUUCAUUAUGCAGCAAAUACAACAAAAGAAAUUAUCAUGUCUCUUGGUUCAGAUCUUCCAAGUACUUUGAAUAGUCGUAAUAGCGAUGGUUACACACCGAUGCAUAUUGCUUGUCUCAAUGAUAAACCAGAAUGUGUAAAGGCACUUUUGCUUAUGGGAGCAGAUGUGAAUAUCUCUGCAUCAGAACGUUCAGGCGGUAUAACAACGCCAGGCUACAUUGGAGAUUUUCUUCAUAACCAGCCAAACAGUCUUAAGCCAGACGAUAUGAAAUUCGGCGGAACACCUUUACAUUGGUCAUGUAGUAAAGAAGUUAUUAAUGCUUUAAUAGAAAAAAAUUGCGAUAUCGAUGCACUGAACUUCGAUGGUCGCACAGCUCUUCACGUAAUGGUUGCUCGUAAAAGAUUGGAGUGUGUAGCAGCUUUAUUAAGUCACAUGGCAAAUAUAAAUAUAGUAGAUCGAGAAGGAAACAGCGUAUUACAUGUAGCAGUUUUAAAGUCCACGCCAACUAUUGUACAAUUACUCAUAGCAUUUGGCGUAGAUGUAAAUGCGAAAAAUUGGAGAAAUCAAACAGCUCGACACUUAGUUGAUAUAGAGAAUCCUGAUGGACAAAAAAUACUAUAUAUACUGCAUGCUGUGGGCGCAGAGCGCUGUCCACCUAUUACAAUGAGCUGUCAUAUUGGAUGCAAGCAUAAUGAAGAAUUCGACGGAAUUCCACCACCAAAACCGCCAACGGUCGUACCAAGAACGGUACUAGACCAGAUGCUCUAUGUUUCAAGUAUGGAAAAAAUGGCAUCAAAAAAGCGCCAACUAAAGAAAGGUGGAAGGUUACUUUGCUUAGACGGUGGUGGAAUACGAGGCUUAGUAUUAAUCCAGACUCUGCUAGAAAUUGAAAAUACUCUUGGCAAACCCAUUGGUUCUUGCUUUGAUUGGAUUGCUGGCACAUCAACAGGUGGAAUUUUAGCACUGGGCAUAGCAGCUGGGAAAAGUUUAAAAGAAUGCCAGGCUUUGUAUUUUCGCAUUAAAAACGAUGCGUUCGUUGGGAAACGACCUUACGCAAGCGAACCAUUAGAAAAUGCUUUAAAACAGACUCUGGGAGAGGAAAACGUCAUGGCAGAUAUUAGUCAUCCAAAGUUAAUGAUUACAGGUGUGCUUGCCGACCGUAAACCGGUGGAUCUACAUUUUUUCCGCAAUUUUGAGUCGCCCAGUGAAAUUCUGAACAUUAAGCCAAGCGAUACAGUCAAAGAAACUUUACCACCAGAGGCACAGCUUCUUUGGAAAGCUGCAAGAGCCACUGGUGCUGCUCCGUCUUACUUUCGAGCUUUCGGAAGAUUUUUAGAUGGAGGCCUUAUUGCUAAUAACCCUACAUUAGAUGCUAUGACAGAAAUACACGAAUACAAUUUGGCGCUUGAAGCUGCCGCUCGAACUAGCGAAGUUGUUCCUUUGCAGCUUGUUGUUUCAUUGGGAACUGGAAUGAUUCCUAUGUCGCCAUUGCAAAACGUUGACGUUUACAGGCCAGAAGGACUGUUUGAUACAGCAAAACUAGCUAUGGGAAUAACGACGCUAGUUACUUUAUUAGUGGACCAAGCCACUCUCACGGAUGGGCGUGUAGUUGAUCGUGCGCGCACUUGGUGCUCGAUGAUUGGUGUGCCAUACUACAGAUUUAAUCCACAAUUGUCUGCCGAGAUUGCCAUGGACGAGAAAAGCGAUGCAGUGCUUGCCGAAAUGAUAUGGACAGCUAAGGCUUUUAUGCACGCUAACAGAGAUCAGAUCAAAGAACUCGCUGCUGUACUCGAUUCAAUUUCUAAUUGAAGUUAUUAUUAUUUUUAUUACGAGUAUUACAUGUUAUAAGAAUCGCUUUUGUUGGGAUUUUGCUGUUGCGAUCAUACGGUAAAUUGAUAUGACAUUUCGCUCGCAAGUGUUAUAUGUGAUAAAUGUUAAAAGUAAAAAAUGACGUGCUGUAAAUUUUAUGAUGGAAAAAAUAAAAAAAAAUCGAUAUUUGGUGCUAUUCACUUUACAAGUAAAAUAAAAUAUUAAUUUGUCGUUCUAGAUUCAAAUUUAUCAUAGGAAUAAUUUUUUUGACAGCGUAUUUUUAGUUUCACAUAAAUUAUAUUAGUCUCAAACACAGCAUUUCCUGUAUGUACAAUGUAAUAUAAAAAUAAUUAUUUUUUACUGAAUGCUUGUAAAAUAUAUCGAAAAAAGUUUAAGUAGUAUUUUGCUUUGAAUGGCCGAAUCGGUCGCUAAGCAUAACCCUGCCAUGUCUCGUUUUGUGUACAGUUUUGAGAAUAAUACAAAAAACAAUGGUUAAAAUUACGAGGUGAGAGAAUUCGAAAGAUAACCAUAUAAUUUAAUCGUCAAAUGACAUGAAAUAUAAAAUUUACUUGAGAUUUUUGAGAAUCCAAAUAAAAGCUUGAUAGGUAAAUAUUAUACUUCAAUUUCGAAAGCUGUAGUUAUUAACAAAAAUAUUUAUAUGUUCAAUCUGAUAUUUCCGAUUACAAUCAAACUGAUUAACUAAAGAAUCAAGUAUCGAAAAUAAGCUUUAUUGAAUAUAACCCUUUUAUUUAUUUAAAAUAUUUUACAACUCAAGUAAAGUAGUGGAGUUUUGCAAGCAUUCUUGACAAUACUACAUCGAUAACAAUACUAUUUAUAAAAAUAAUUAUUCUCUGCCAUAUAAAAGUCUGUAUAAUAUUAUACUAUACUAUAUAAUAUUAUACUUAGAUUAUUAGUCUCAUACUCAAAAUAUUAAUUCUAAGAGACUGCCUUGCAAACAAUAUUUUAAGUACGUUAUAAUUGUUUAAAAUAUUUUAUCAAAAAAUAAUAAGUGGUAAAAGUGCAAAAGGAUAAUUUAUAAAUGGAGUUAUGUCAAAAUAAAAAUUCUAUUUAAAAAUUGUUAAUGCGCAAUGCGAGUACGUUGGCUUUUUUCAAAUUGAUAGACACUUCUUUAAAUCUGUAUUGUGUACUAUCCCUUUAUUAUCGCCAGGCGCCUUCAAUAACUUCAGAACUCUUGUGGUAAUUUUUUUAGUUUGCACUAUAGAUUAUUACUGCGUGUUCCAAUAAAAAUCACAAAAAUUUAUUUCCAUGAAAAUUGUAUUGACAGCAAAUUUGUUUUCUUCGUGUAUCUUGCAUGAAAAUAAUCAAAUAAAGAUUUGU